UGCUUGAGGAAGCUGUGGUAAGGGCAUCUUCCUUUGACCUGAGAUCUGAAAAGAUACCAUCAUGGCGAAUCUAAAGAAGUAUUUGUGUGGCUGGUCUCUAGAGCCUUUCUCUGAUAAGCCACUGAAGAGACAGCAGGAGGUACUUUCUUCCGUUCUAUGUGUCCCUCUCCUCUUUCUGCUCAUGGGACAAGGGGCCUCUGAGAAGGAAACACCCCCAAUAGUGAUAUCAGGGAUGCUAGGGGGUUCUGUGACUUUCCCCCUAAACAUCUCAGGGGAUGCAGAGAUUGAGAGUGUUGCCUGGAAUUAUCCCCCAAAGUCUCUGGCUGUAGCAUUCUCCCCAAAACAUGUAUAUAUUGUGGACAAAGACUACAGUGGCCGACUCAAUGUCAGCAACACCUACUCCAUGCGCAUCAGUAACCUAACCAAGAAUGAUUCAGGAUCCUACCAGGCUCAGAUAAACCAAAAGAAUUCUGACCUCACCAGAGUGGAAAAGUUCAUCCUCGGCAUUUAUGAACAGCUACAAGAGCCUCAAGUCACCAUGAAGUCUGUGACCACAUCUGAGAAUGGUUCCUGCACCAUCACCCUGAUCUGCACUGUGAAUGGGGGAAAGGACGGUGUCCAAUACAGCUGGACCCAAAAGGACACCGAUUUUAAUGAAUCCCAUAGGGACCCUAUCCUCACCGUUUCCCAGAGUAUUUGUGACCCAGACCUACCAUAUACCUGCACAGCCCGGAACCCAGUCAGCCAGAACAGCUCCCAACCUGUCCGUGUCUGGCAGUUUUGUACAGGAGCCUCCAGAGGAAAAACAGUGGGGGAAACAGUGGUAGGGAUCCUGGGAGAGCCCAUGACCCUGUCCUUGGCGUUUCUGUACAGUCAGGACACGAAGAACACUGUCUGGGUGUUUAACAAGUCAAUUAUCAGCCAAGAAUGGGAAGGAGCAGAAACAGCAGAUCCUCACCGUAAGCCCAAUGGUCCUAAAGAAAAGAGGGUGUGGGUCUCUGGCCAGGACCACUCCCUGAAGAUCAGCCAGCUGGAGAUGGAGGAUGCCGGCACCUACCAUGCCUAUGUGUGCUCAGUGGCCUCCAGAGACGCCACUGUGAGAUACUUCACCCUGCUCAUCUACCAGAGACUGAAGAAACCCAGUGUCGACCAGAGCCAUGUGCACAGGAAGGACGGCAUCUGCAAGGUACAGUUAACCUGCUCAGUGGAAGACGGCGGAAACAAUGUGACAUACACAUGGACGGUCCUGCCGAAGGAAGCUGCUAUGUCCCAAGUGGAGUCACUCCUCAACAUCUCCUGGAAAUGUGGUGAAAGGCCGCCCAGCUUCACAUGCACCGCCCAUAACCCUGUCAGCAACAGCUCCAGCCAGUUUUCUUUGGGGGCCAUCUCUUCAUCUCUUCAGAGAAACCUGAAGUUUUGGAUCUGGCUUAUGGCGCUCAUCCUUUGUUCCCUAGUGAUGCUGGUUGUGUGGUGCAUUUUGAAGCAAAAGAAACAGUGUUCAUCUUUGGCCAUCAGGUGCAGCCAAGCCGAGACCCCAGCUGAAAUAUCAGAAACCCCAGCUGGCCACAUGAGAUAUUCUGUGCUCUCUCAACGGUAUGAGAAACUAGACAUGCCUGCUGAGACUACGAGGCCUAAGCCCACCUCAGACACCAGCUCUGACAGCAGUGCAACAAUAGAAGAGGAUGAGGAGGAUGAGGGAAAGACCAGAAUGCACAGAAGUGAGGCGUAUGACCUGGACACUCAGGGGGACAGUGCACGUGACUUGGCCUCUGAGAGGCAAGCAGAGCAUGAAGUCCUCGCACCAGAUGACACAGUGGUCAAGUCUGAGGGUGAGGAAGACACUGCAUACAUACAAGUGUACCUUAAUGUGCAGGGAAAGAUUCCAGUUCCUCAGAAGAAAGAAAGCCCGAACACAAUCUACUGCUCAGUACAGAAACCUAAGAAGAUGGUGCCAACUCUUCAGCAAAAUGCUGAGCCUCCUGAACACUCUCUCUAUGAAAAUUUCACCUGAAGUGAAAAGCAGCUGCUAUCUCUCUCCUGGGGUGAGGAUUGGAAGAAAGACAGACCUCAUAAAUCCUGCUGUUUCUGCAGAGAGAACACAUUGGAAUAUCCCGCUGUGGCUCAGGCUUGCCUGAAUUUGAUCUCUUCCUCUUCUUCUCAUCCCUAUUACCUCAUAAGCCAUAUAUAGGUCAGGCAGAGGCUCUUUGGAACCUAUAGGCUUUGAACAUCUUUGCUUUUUCUCUAUUCACCCAUAGAGUUCCUCCUCUGAACUAAAACCCCGCGGAGAGUGCUCUCCUGCACAUGGCCUUGGAUCCACGUGGCUUCUGUGCCCUGCAUUGUGUACAUAUGUGUGCCCAGAGGUUCCGGCCAAGCUUUAUACUCAGUGGGAGCCUAAGUGUGACCAGUGUGACCUGCAUAGGCUCAUAUUCUUGAAUUCCUAGUCAUCAGGGAAUGGCACUGCUUGAGAAGGAUUAGGAGGUGUGUGUGGCCUUGUUGGAGGAAGUGUGCCUCU